UGGAUACUGUUCUUUGGGGCCCUUAUUGGGCUCAGCAUCUGUGGCCGAGAAAAGUUUUUUGGGGACCAAGUUUUUAGGAUUAACGUCAGAAAUGGAGACGAGAUCAGCAAACUAAGUCAGCUAGUGAAUUCAGACAACCUUAAGCUCAACGUCUGGAAAUCUCCCUCCACCUUCGGUCAUCCCAUGGAUGUCCUGGUCCCAUCUGUCAGUCUGCAGCUAGUGAAAUCCUUCUUGAAGUCCCAGGGUUUAGAGUACUCAGUGACAAUUGAAGACCUGCAGGCCCUUUUAGAUAAUGAAGAUGAAGAAAUGCAACACAAUGAAGGACAAGAGCGGAGCAAUAAUAGCUUCAACUAUGGGGCCUACCACUCCCUGGAAGCUAUUUACCGUGAGAUGGACAGCAUUGCCGGAGAUUUUCCUGAGUUGGCGAGCAGGGUGAAGAUUGGGCAUUCGUUUGAAAACCGGCCCAUGUAUGUACUAAAGGUGAGUCCCCAGGCUCUUCAAGAGGCCUGA